GAGGGACCCAGAGCGCUCAGAGGGACAGAGUAGCUGCUGAGUGCUUGCUAAUGGCUGACAAGAGCUACAUUGAGGAAUCUGAGCCCUUGCCUGAGAAAGAGGAGACCGUGGAGUGGGGCUAUGAGGAAGGAGUUGAGUGGGGAUUAGUCUUUCCUGAUGCUAAUGGAGAAUACCAGUCUCCUAUUAAUCUGAAUUCAAGAGAAGCCAAAUAUGACCCUAAACUGCUGGAAGUACGUUUAUCACCAAACUACGUCGUAUGCCGUGACUGUGAAGUCAUUAAUGAUGGUCACUCAGUCCAGAUCCUCUUAAAAUCCAAAUCAGUGCUAACAGGAGGACCAUUACCUCGGGGACAUGAAUUUGAACUGCAUGAUGUUCGAUUUCACUGGGGCAGAGAAAAUCAGCGUGGUUCUGAACACACUGUUAAUUUUAAAGCAUUUCCCAUGGAGCUUCACCUAAUUCACUGGAACUCCACAAUGUACCACAGUAUUGAUGAGGCAAUUGGGAAGAAGAAUGGUAUCACCAUUAUUGCUUUAUUUGUGCAGAUAGGAAAGGAACAUUCAGGCCUAAAGGCUGUGACUGAAAUUCUACAAGAUAUCCAGUACAAGGGGAAGAGCAAGACAAUACCCUGUUUUAAUCCCAAUACAUUAUUGCCAGAUCCACUGUUACGAGAUUAUUGGGUGUACGAAGGCUCUCUUACAGUUCCGCCCUGCAGUGAAGGUGUGACAUGGAUAUUAUUUAGAUAUCCUUUGACUGUAUCUCAGCUUCAGAUAGAAGAAUUUCGAAGACUGAGGACACAUGUUAAAGGAGCAGAACUCCUAGAAGGCUGCGAUGGAAUUCUAGGAGAUAACUUUAGGCCCACACAGCCACUUAGUGACAGAGUCAUAAGGGCAGCCUUCCAGUAGUAGAGAGAAACAGGGAAAGAAUCCUGAUGUAGAUCCCUUUGAUAGUGACCUUCAACAGAGGAUCCUGCCCCAGAGGUUAUGUUGUCCCUGAAAUCUGCCUGAAACAGACCAAGGGGAACAUUCCAUAUCUGUAUAAGAAGGAGGAUGUGAUGUUGGACUCUGAUACCAAGAGCAGUGACUUUCUAACAAGGAGUCUCAACUUCUUUCUAAAUUAAUGCA